GGUAUAUUCUUCUCCCCAACAAAGGUAAAUAUCUUCCAGAGAUUCAACCUUUUGGGGAAGAAGAAGGAUAAUUUCCGAUAUUUCCUGCACGAAAUUCCAAGUCAAACCUUUGCAUUACCAAAAAAAAAAAAAAAAUUAACACAGAGGAAAAUUACACAAAAACAAAAACGAUGCAUAAAAUUGUAUGCAUUAUUGUUUUUGGAGCUUUGGCGGUGGCAAGUGCGCUACAUAAUUAUAGGGAAGCCCAAACGGUGCAUGCCGUCGGAGACACCAUUGGUUGGAUAGUACCUUCCGACGAUGCCGCUGCGUAUUCAAAGUGGGCUUCCGCAGAUACAUUCAAAGUUGGAGACGUCUUAGUGUUCAACUUUAUGACCGGCAAACACGACGUACUGGAAGUAGCAAAGGAGUCAUUCGACGCAUGCACCACCGACAAAGCCAUCGGAAGUUCCUUAAUCGACGGACCCGCACACGUCAUUCUCAACACCACCGGCGACCACUACUACAUUUGCACCAUCGGAACCCAGUGUAAGCUCGGACAGAAACUGGCCGUAACAGUUUCAGGUGAUAGCGAUGGGCCGUCACCGGCGAUGGAGCCUCCUGCUGGACCAUCCGGUUCGAGCUCUUCACCGUCGGCCGGGUCUACCCAUUCUUCUGCAACUGCGGUGUAUGCUGGCUUGGCACUAACUGUGGCUUCCAUUGCCAUGGCCGUUUGUAUCUAUAAUUAAGGAUUUUAAAUCCUUUUUAGUAUGUAACACAUGUACAUGAACGUGGUGUUUGUAUUGCGUGUGCUUCAUCUAUAUUGGUUUCGGUUGACAUAUUUGUAAUGCAAAGGUUUUCAGAGCAAUUUCCAGUAAAAAGGGGCAUUUGUUUGUUUGUUUGAAUUUUCAACCAUUCACAGUAUAUACUAUAUUGAUUUGUUGGAGGAUUUA